CUCUGGAAGUUCAGUAGACCAGCGUCGCAACUGGGCGAUGCACCUCAAAGGGAGCGAUUAUAUCUUUGCGGCGGAUUUGACCUUCACAUCGCAGAUAAAAUCGUCACGAUUUGAAUGACACUUUCCUGUACCUCUUCUCAGCUAACGUCUCUUUCAUUUGAAGAGAAAACUAAUUAUCAGAGGACAAGGUUUUUGGUUCUGAAAAGUGACCGCUCCUCUUGAACGAUCCCCUGUGGGAGGAUUUUCUUCCUAAAUAGAGAUUUAUUUCUUUAUUUUGAAACCAGACAACCGAUAACUUAAUCGAAUAUGGUACGGGACACGCUAGUCAAACUCGAUUGAUUUGUGUGUGUUGAAUUGGAGGCUCAGGAGCACCAUCAGAAAAACUUCAGGGAGAAGAGGAGGCUGUUUCAGUGUCUACAGGCUGUUUUAAGGUGGACCAGAGCAACCAGCAGCCAUGCUGUCCCUGGACGAGCCGCUGGACUUAAAGCUUCCCUCACGACGCUCAGAUGGUCUGUUGAGAUUAGGAAAGAGGGCUUAUCCUUCUUCUAUCUGUGCCCCUCUUGGCACCAAUCGGCCACACCUGAUAUGCACAACCUUUCCAUCUCCUCCCUCCUCCCCAGAUUCUCUGUCUUCUUCUCAAGAACGACCCGGGUCCUGCUUCAGUCCUCCAGCCAUGGACCUCAGCAUGUCACCUUCCUCCCGCCAUGCCUCCUCUCUGUCCCCAUCUCCGUCCUCCCCCUGUUCCCUCUCCCCUUCCUCACCCCUGGAGUCCCUUAACAGCAGCACCAGCUCUCAGCAGCAUCUCUUCUCAUGGGAACCAGCUCGUCAUCAAGGUAUAGAGGGCGGAGCUUCACCGCAGGGUUUUCCCUUUUAUCUGCCCAUUGGGAGCUCACCGGGAGCAUACACUUUCCCCUCGUCCAUCUUCAUGGGUCAGAACAGAGAGAAGCAAGUUUCACCAGAGCCCUCAUUGGAUGGUCAGCUGGCCUGCAGAUGGAUGAAGUGCCACCUGCUGUUCGACUCGCUGCAGGACUUGGUCGAUCACAUCAACGACUUCCAUGUAAAGCCUGAAAAGGAUUCUGGGUACUGCUGCCAGUGGGAGGGCUGUGCUCGUAACGGGAGGGGCUUUAAUGCCAGGUAUAAGAUGCUGAUUCACAUCCGUACUCACACUAAUGAGAAGCCGCACCACUGUCCCACCUGCAACAAGAGCUUCUCACGUCUGGAGAACCUGAAAAUACACACCCGAUCACACACAGGAGAAAAACCCUACAUCUGCCCUUAUGAGGGCUGCAGCAAACGGUACUCCAACUCCAGCGACCGCUUCAAACACACCCGCACACACUACGUGGACAAGCCCUACUACUGCAAGAUGGCAGGCUGUCUGAAACGCUACACAGAUCCCAGCUCGCUACGCAAGCACAUCAAGGCCCACGGGCACUUUGUUGCCCAGGAACAAGGUGCUGGGAGCAGUCUGGGGACCAGGCCAGGCCUCCCCGGGCACCAGAGGCAAGCUGAACAUCCACCUGUUGGCGGUGCUCACAUCUUCAUCCCCAGUGCUGCAGCUGCUCUUCUUGGAGGCCUCGGGGGGUCUUUGCCGCUCUAUGCUUCCUGCCACGCCAGAGAUCUGGGUCACCAGGGGGCACCACUUUUCACCAUGGGGGGAGGAGGAGGCUUCCCUGGCUCUCCUCUGUUACACUUUGGACUUUCAGCAGCAUCCAUGCUGGGACUGGGAGCUUUGAGAGGCUUGGGACGGAUGGAAGGGAAGGACAUGGAAGGUGAAGAGGAAGAGGAGGAAGCAGAGGAGGGGGAGGUGCUGAACCUGUCUGCAGGGGUGGGGCCCAGACGAGGUGACCCUUUGUCAUGGAUGAUGGUUCCAACAAGGGCCCUCAUACUCAAACCAGCUGUUAGCUAGGAUGAGCACUCAAAAAGUGUGAUUGGGUGUGUGUGUGUGUGCGUGUGUGUGUGUGUGUGUGUGCGCGUGUGUGUGUGCGUGCAUGUACAAGUGAGGGAACAAAGGUUGCUCUUACCUGCAGAGCCAUAAAAGCACUUCAGUCAUUCCAGCCUGCAAACAAAUGACGACAGACUGACAGAUGCAAAGAAGUCUUUGUGUUGAAUGUACAAAACAAACAAGAACAUUACCUGCACUUUGCAUGUUACAGCUAUCUGAAACGUAAAAAUGAUCACUUCACUUACAUCAUUUUUCAAAGAAUAGAGGUACACUUAGCAGUAUCCAGCCAUGCAGAUCUUUUUCUAAAAUCAAAGAACUCUCUUCCUGAAGUCUGCAUUUUAUUUUUUAAAUCCACAGCCAUCACAGUUUCAAAUGUUUGUUUUAAACUAAAUUACAUUAUGAUUUUCAGAUGUAAUGUAAAGCCAUCCUAGAAAGCCUGGUUAGUCAACUAUUAGAGGAAUCAGGUUUACAUCUAUUUUACUUUAACCUAAGCUUUUCUUUGUGUUGGGUAUUAAUAAUGAAAUGUUAGCAUGCUAACAUGCUACACUAAGAUUGGUUAUAAUGUUAACUCAAUGUCUUGUUUACAACUGCUUUUAGGCAUGUCAUUUUGAGCAUUUAAGCAUGCUGAUUUUAGCAUUUAACUCCACAUGUGAUGGCUCAUAUUUCUUUUUUUUUUUUUUUACUUUUGAUAACUAUCUGCAUGGUUUGAUUUUGGAGGUGUGACCGAUUCAUUGAUGUUUCUCCUGUUCAUCUUCAAAUAUUCACCGUAGUAGACAAUCACUUGUAAUAGAUGAACUGCAGGAACAUGAAAAAGCAGGUGCACUUAUAUGUUUGACAAUCCUCACUGACUGAUUCCAUGGACCCAUUUGUUACUUAUAAACAAAUACAGAGAAAAGCAGGAUUAUGGGGAGCAAUGUGAAAUACAGUUCAAACACAACAAUUUAAACUCCCCAGGAGUUUUUAGCUAGUUAUGAAAAAGACUGAACCUGAUAUUGGAGCCUCUUUAUGAGCUACAAAACCAUUUGAGACAAUGAGUAUACAGAUGAACUAUUUGUAUUUGGUUAUUUCUAAUGAAAUGAACGUAAACAUUGCUGAAGGGUAGGUGUCACACUACAUGAUUGAAAGCACACUGCACAGAAAUAAGCCUUUUGUGUACAUUUUCUAAUGCCCAGAUUCUUCACAAGUAACGCUUUGACUAGUAAAAGAAAGCAGGAUGAGAUGUUUUGUUUAAAGACACAUUACUUUCAUAUACAGGUUUAAACCUGAUACAAUGUUUUACUUUGUCCCUUCCCCGGGGGCAAAAUUAUACACAAACCAAAAGUUCCCAAAACAAAAGUUGAAUAAUUCCAUGACUCCCUUAAAGUGGUUUAAAACACAUUUGAUUGCUUCACAUGACAAGAGCACAAGGAGUGUUGACAUGAUGCUUUAUGUGUAUUGAGAAGAGAGCUAUAUGUUUUUAAAAGUCAUCCGAUCAGACAAUUGAAUUUAACGUGACUGAGAAUCAAAAUCAUAGUCUUGUUCUUAAAAGUAGGUGUCCGACUUUAAUCUGUACAACACGCGCACCUGAGACGACCUCUUAUUGCUUAGUUCCCAAGCAGAAGAGACAGAAAAUAAUUACACCCCUCGAGGAAAACCGAAUCUCAUGAGGCCUUAUCAUGGAUACACAACUCAGACAAAGAUAAAGCAACCCUGCUCAGACUUGUUACCAUCUUUUAUCCAAUAGCUGCUCUUGGUAUCAAAUAUUUAUAAAAUUAUUAUAAUGAUAUAAAAAUCAACCUAUAGCAGUGGUUUUCAAAUUGUGUUGAUGCCUCCCCUGGGGGGGGGGGGGGGGGGGGGGGGCACCAGAGGACUUCAGGGAAGGUGCAGCAUUAGGAAAAAAUAAACCAAACCAAACCAAGCGGAAACAUCUUGUUAACUUACUUCUGCGAUGUGUGGGGUAAAAAGGAUAUAUACAGGGAGAGGAGACAGAUCCUGGAGAGAGAUAAAAAAAAAAAGGAGGAAGAACUGUAUAUGACCAUGACUAUUUGAAGUUUGGAUUUUCAUGGAUUAGUCCAGAUGAUGAUCCAUGGCCAAAGUCGGUGCUAACUAUUCACAGUAUAAGGCCAUGUAAAAUCCUUGUGCCAUAUUGAGACCAAGCACCAAAGUUUGGAGACCAAGUUACGGGAGUUUUUUUUUAGAAAGCUUAAGGAAUUCCAGUCACAGAACUGUAGUUGUUUUGGGGACAUCUCUAUAACUUUUGACAAACAAACUAAAUUACAACAAUUUCUGUUACGGUUUUUGUUUUCAAGGGGUUUUUUAUAUUUGUAAAACUAUCAUUGUGCAGAGAACUUAAAAAUCACUGACAUCACCAUCAUUCAAACGCUCUGGGGCAAUCAUUUCAUUUGUCUUCAUAGUAGUAAACUUUACACAGUAAGUUUAUGUGCAGGGCAAUUCUUUGGAAUUGAAUGGAUGUGAGCUUUGAGUCCUGUAUCCAGAUCUUCAUAAUACUAUCAUCCAUUGGCCUAAAACCACACAUUGUCAUUUGUCAUUUCUCUCAGCUACUCUUUGGUUUGAAUAGGUCAGAAACAGUUUGGCUCAGAGUUAGUUUUGGCUUGUGACUUAAGACUUAACCCACUCAGGUUUAAGGUUGUACUAUUUGCUUUUAGUUUAUCUUAAGUACAUAUGUACUUGCUCUAUUAAUCAUUCCAAGACAAUGAUCUAACCAUGAUCAGCCCUACCUUUUGGACUGCAUUCACAGAGGAAGGUAGACAAAAGUGUGUAUAAGGCAGUACUGGGUACACAUUUGCUUUGAAAGAAUGUGAAAACACAAAACGGUACUCAACAAGAAGCCAAAUAAGAAAUGUCUCUUGAGUAUUUUUUUCUGCAUUAAUGUUUGACAAUGGCCAUAUAAGGCCAGUUUCUUUGUUGAUUUAUCUUGUAUUGUUUGCAUUUUGAUUUAUCCUAAUCAGUAUUUCAAUGGUGUCUAAGUUCCUUGUGUUUCAAACAAAAUAUAUCAAACAAAAUAUGACAAAUAUUUACAGAUAUGUUGAGUGUAAAAUGUGAUUUUGUUGAGUUAGGAAACAAAACAUUGAGAACUUGACAACAGAUGGGAUCUGUACAUCAGGGCCACUGCAACACUUUCUAUGGACGUCACCAGUGAUGGGGACGAGGACAAUGACUGUCAAUAAACAGACAAAUGACAAAUGAA